AUGGAUACUCUAAUAGCUUUAGAAGUGAAGCUUAGUCCUGAUAUGGGUCCUAAAACUGAGAUAGCCAAAAGGAAAAUAGAAAGAGUUUCAUAUGCCAGUACAGUCGGAAGUUUGAUGUACGCAGUGAUGUGUACAAGACCAAAUAUCUGUUAUGCCGCAGGACUUGUGAGUCACUACCAAUCCAACCUCAGAGAAGGACAUUGGAAGGUUGUAAAGAGGAUCUUAAGAUACUUAAAGUGUAUUAUUGACUAUGGACUAUGUUAUCAAGGGAGUAAUUUACGCCUGACAGGAUACUCCAAUGCGGAUUUUGGCGGGGAUAAAGAUGAACGAAGAUCAACUUUAGGCUAUACUUUCUUGCCAAACAAUGGGGCCAUUUGUUAG